AUGAAAAUGACAUUAACAAGCCGCGGGCUGCUGCGAUUUUUUAUUUUCAUCGUUUUAUACAUAUUGUUCCUAGCAAUAGGUGCAGUGGUAUUUUCAGCCAUCGAGGGACCCGAAGAAGUACAAAGCGUCCAAAGUUUAAGGGCAUUUAGAACUAAUUUUCUAAACAACCAUCACUGCGUAACAGUUAAAUCCGUCCUAAAAUCCAUUCACGAAGAAAUGGAACUAAGCAGGCAAGCCGCUAAAGUAAGAUACUCGAACGACGCAGAGCCCACUCUGAAUUUAACUCACGAUAUAUCUCUAAGCGAAGCCAAGCGGAUUAUUAACGUAGAAAACAUUGAAAAAGAAGAAAUUGACAAAAAGUACGAAUAUCUGUACAAUGCUAAUAGCCCCAAAAAGGGUGGUUCGUUUUAUUUACAGUCAAAAGUUUUCAGAGCCCGAGAAAAGCUUUACCAAGAACUGAAUUGUUUAUCCAAUAAAAAAGUGCAUGUCUUAAAAUAA